ACUCCAGCCAUGAUGUCUGUUUUGCUUUCCCUGAGCCUUUCCCGCCUGGGCCUGUGGACAUCUGGACUGAUCUUGGUCUUAGGCUUCGUCAAGCUCAUUCAUCUGCUGAUGAGGAGGCGGUUGAUGAUCAAGGCUAUGGAGAGCUUCCCAGCGCCCCCCUCCCACUGGCUCUAUGGGCAUGCUUUCGAGAUGAAUCAGACAGAAAGCCUGGACAAGGUGGUGUCCUGGGCCCACCAGUUCCCCUAUGCCCACCAGCUCUGGUUCGGAGGGUUCCUUGGCUGCCUGAACAUCUAUGAGCCUGACUAUGCCAAAGCUGUGUUCAGCCGAGGUGACCCUAAGGCCCCAGACAUGUAUGACUAUUUCCUCGAAUGGAUUGGGAAAGGCCUGCUGGUCCUCCACGGGCCCAAGUGGUUCCAGCACCGCAAGAUGCUCACACCUGGCUUCCAUUAUGAAGUGCUAAAGCCCUACGUGACCGUGUUUGCUGACUCCACGCGCCACAUGCUGGACAAAUGGGAGGAAAAGGCUCGUGAGGAAAAGAGCUUUGACGUCUUCCGUGAUGUGGGCCACAUGGCGCUGGACACACUCAUGAAGUGCACCUUUGGCAAAGGACACAGCGGCCUGGGCCACAGGGACAACAGCUACUACCUGGCGGUCAAGGAGCUCACUAUGCUGAUGCAGCAGCGCCUGCAGUCCAUGCAGUACCAUAAUGACUUCAUCUACUGGCUUACCCCACAUGGCCGCCGCUUCCUGCGGGCCUGCAAGGUGGCCCACGACCACACAGACCAAGUCAUCAGGGAACGGAAGGCAGCCUUGCAAGACGAGAAGGAACAGGAGAAGAUCCAGAAGCAGAGGCACCUGGAUUUCCUGGACAUUCUCCUGCAGGCUCAGGAUGAAGAUGGGGUCAAGCUGUCAGACACAGACCUCCGGGCCGAGGUGGACACAUUCAUGUUUGAAGGCCAUGACACCACCACCAGUGGCAUCUCCUGGUUUCUUUACUGCAUGGCCCAAUACCCAGAACACCAGCAUCGUUGUCGGGAGGAGAUCUGUGAGAUCCUCGGGGACAGGGACACCAUCCAGUGGGAUGAUCUGGGCAAGAUGACCUACUUGACCCUGUGCAUCAAGGAGAGCCUCCGCCUCUACCCGCCUGUGCCCCAGGUGUACCGCCAGCUCAGCAAGCCUGUCAACUUUGUGGACGGCCGCUCUCUACCUGAAGGCAGCCUGGUCUCUCUGCACAUCUAUGCCCUCCAUAGGAACAGCGCAGUGUGGCCCAACCCUGAGGUCUUUGACCCCCUGCGCUUUUCCUCUGAGAAUGUGACCGGACGCCACCCCUUUGCCUUCAUGCCCUUCUCUGCUGGGCCCAGGAACUGCAUCGGGCAGCAGUUUGCCAUGAACGAGAUGAAGGUGGUCACGGCCCUCUGCUUGCACCGCUUUGAGUUUGCCCCGGACCCCAUGAGGCCACCCAUCAAGUUGCUGCAGCUGGUCCUGGGCUCCAAGAAUGGCAUCAACCUCUACCUGAAGCCACUGGGCCCACGCUCUGGGAAGUAGCUCUGCUAAGAGUAGGGCCCCAGACAGCCCAGGCUGCGGUCUCUCCUUGGGCACCACCCUCUCCCGGCUGGAUUGUGGAGCUGCUGUGGCUCCCUGUCAUUGGGAGGCUUGUAUUACAGAGGGGGAAUAGGACCCACAUAGACAGUCACUUGGAGGUUGUGCCGUGGAAGCAUGUGUGUCUAUAAAUGCUUUCUGGACAUGUAUUCUAGAGCUGACUCAUUCAUUCAACAAGCAUGUGAUGAAUAGCUACUUGCUUCUGGAAUCUUGUUUUUUCUCCCAUAAUCGGCAAUUUUUCUAAAAUGUAGCAGAAACUUACAUUCCAGCCUGAGUGGUACAG